AUAAUAGUUCAUUCCUCUUUCCUUUUUUUGUGUCCAGAUUUAGAUCUCUGUGGGCUACCUGCAUGACCGUUACCAUGACAGCAUCCGGAGCCCAACUCCUCCUGCUGGCCUUAUGUGUUUACAGAGGCUCGGGCCUGCAGCAGUCUGCUCCGCGGAUUCGCCUCUCCUUCAAAGAACUGAUGGACACAAGGGCAGCGCGGCCCUUCAGUUUCUCCUUCAACACCAGUGACUACCGCAUCCUCCUGAUGGAUCAGGAUCAGGGCCGUCUGUACCUGGGCAGCCGGGAGUACCUGGUGGCUCUGGACAUGCACAAUGUCAACAAGGAGCCACUCAUAAUCCACUGGCCAGCGUCUGCUAAGAGAAAGGGAGAAUGUCAGAUGACGGGAAAGGGAAAACAGGGUGAAUGUGCCAACUUUGUGCGGUUGAUAGAGCCGUGGAACCGGACCCACCUCUACACCUGUGGAACGGGGGCGUACCAGCCUAUCUGCACAUUCAUCAACAGAGGCUGGAGGGCAGAGGACUACCUGUUUAGGCUGGUCCCUGGGUAUAUGGAUUCAGGGAAGGGAAAAUGUUCCUACGAUCCAAAACAGGAGAACAUUGCAGUUCUGAUCGAUGGUAACCUCUAUGCAGGGGUCCAUAUUGACUUCAUGAGUACAGAUGCUGCUCUGUUUAGGACCAUGGGAGGGAGAACAGCUAUCAGGACGGAGCAGUACGACUCCAGGUGGCUCAACGAUCCUGUGUUUGUUCAGAUCCAGAAGAUCCCUGACAGUGCAGAAAGGAACGACGACAAGCUUUACUUCUUUUUCCGAGAGAAGAGUCUAGACUCGAGCGGCGGCGCGAGCCCCAGCGUUCUAGCCAGGGUGGGAAGAGUGUGUCUGAAUGAUGAAGGAGGCCAGAAGUCCCUGGUGAACCGCUGGACGACGUUCCUGAAGGCUCGCCUUAUCUGUUCAGUGAUAGGGGAAGAUGGAGUGGAGACACGAUUUGAUGAACUACGGGAUGUGUUUAUUCAGCCCACACAGGAUGAGCGAAACCCGAUGGUGUACGCUCUCUUCACUACAGCGGGCUCUGUGUUCAAGGGCUCAGCAGUCUGCGUGUACUCAAUGGCUGAUAUCCGCAAUGUCUUCAAUGGACCGUUUGCCCACAAACAUGGCCAUAACUACCAAUGGACAGAGUACACUGGCAAGAUUCCCUACCCACGGCCCGGGACGUGUCCAGGAGGAACCUUCACUCCUGGUGUCCGUUCCUCCAAGAACUUUUCAGAUGAGGCUGUGAAUUUCAUCCGAGCCCAUCCCCUCAUGAUCCAUCCAGUUUAUCCCAUCCACCGCCGUCCCCUGGUGGUGAGAACCGGCGUGGACUACCGAUUCACUGCCCUGGUGGUGGAUCAGGUGGAUGCAGUGGACGGACGCUACGAGGUGCUCUUCCUGGGGACAGAUCGAGGCACUGUCCAAAAAGUUAUAGUUUUGCCGAAGGACCCAACUAGCAUGGAGGAACUGACUCUAGAGGAAGUGGAGGUUUUCCGGUCAAGAGCUCCAGUCAAAACAAUGAAGAUAUCCUCUAAAAGACAACAGCUGUACGUGUCGUCAGACGCGGGGCUGACCCAGGUGUCGCUGCACCGCUGUGGUGUGUACGGCAGGGCCUGUUCUGACUGCUGUCUGGCUCGAGACCCCUACUGUGCCUGGGAUGGAGACAGCUGCUCUGCUUUCACUCCGUCCACCAAGAGGAGGAGCAGACGACAGGAUGUCAAACAUGGUGACCCACUGAGGCAGUGCAGGGGCUUUAACGCCAAAGUGGAGAAACGUCUAAGAGAAACGGUGCAGUUUGGGGUGGAGGGCAGCAGCACCUUCUUGGAGUGUCAGCCUCGCUCCCCUCAGGCCUCCGUCAAGUGGCUCUUCCAGAGGGAAGGAAAGAGGAAAGUGACUCCUGCUGUUUCAUUCCCUUUUGUGCAGCUCACCCGUGUGGGAGGUAUUCUGAAGACCAACCAUGGUAUCCUGCUGAAGUCUCUCAACCAAUCAGACGCGGGGCUCUACCACUGCCUCGCCACUGAGAACAACUUUAAACACACGGUGGUCCGUGUGGCGCUGCGCAUCCUGGAUCGAGACAUCGUUUUAGCUCUCACUGCUCAAGAUGAGGACGCGCCAAAGACUCUCCAAGCGGGACCUCACCAACAGUCAUCCAUCGUCUCCACACCCUUCCCGCCUGAGAUAAGACUGAUUAACCAGUACUGCCAGUCCUACUGGGAGCAACUCAGUCCCAAACAGCAGCAGCAGCGCAAGCGAACCAGCCGGAGGCACACAGAGGGCCAGGACCAAGGCCUCGGCUAGAGGAAGGGACGGACGCUGUCCUACACUGGCCUGUGUGGACUUUUAUGGUGGACUUUUAUGUUUGACAUGCAUGUUUGUGUGUCACCUCUAUUUAUUAGGCAGGUGAUGCUGUCAUGCUGUCGCUAAAGUACUAUAUUUGUGGUUUUAUAACUGUCGGCCUGCAAAAUACCAUAUUGUGUAUAUUUUACAUGAUCUGUGACCACUUCCCAAAGAAUACUGUACAUUUUUACAUUUUCCAUCUUUCAGCUAUCAGCUUGUGUUAGUUUGACAUAUAAAUCAACUUACAGACGUGACAGAAGAGUAUUAUGGCCAGGCAUAAGAAAUAACAUACCAGAGGAAGAAGUUUUUUUUUUUUUUUUUUUUUUUUUUUUGCAUUUUGAGAAUAAACUUUUGAAAAUUAAUCAAACUACUAGCGUCAUCGCAUAUACUCAAAUUUCAACUUUAUUCUCAUGAUGAAUAUGCCUGACCCUAAUAUUUUUUCAAGAUUGAUCACCUAUCGUAGGGAUCGUUUUAAACCUUAAAAUUAUUCAGGUGCUUGUGGAAAAAGCCCAGCAUCAGCACCUUGAGAAUCACUGUGGAAGAUCAAUGUUUUUAGUGCAAAAAAACAAUUUUCACAACAUCCGUAUUUGCUUAUUAUCUGUUUUCUAGGUUUGAUUUCCAACAAUAAAUCUUGCAAAAGCAGACAUUUUCGUCAACUGAUCCUUAACUUUUGGAUUGUCCUUGAGAGCACCAACAAAGAUGCGUUUUCUAAACUAGACUGCUCGUUGAGAUGGAUCGCAUAUUCCAUGUUUGUUUUGGAUAAUGGUAUGUGAUGUAAAGUAAAUGCAGCACGUAGUUAAUAGGCUUCAACAUGCAGAACCACAGGUAUGGUACUGUCAAUUAUCUUGAAACAGAAAUGUAAUAUAUUGAUUGUGAAUAUAAUAUAUAUGGUCAUUGGAUUACUCUUGUAUUGUAUGAAGUUAAUAUGAUGAUAAAGGCAUAUGUUGCAUGCAUGUGUUUGCAAGUUGUACAUUUUACUUGGUGUGUAAUGAUGUUUGUAUGCUGUAAAGUUUUCUGUUAAGCUAAUUCCAUUGGGUUUUGUCAUAUAAUGACUCCCCUACUGUCUUGUGCUCUAGUAUGUGAGUGUUGAUAUGUAUAGCAUACAGUGUUCUUCCAGUUAUGCACUUUGUCGGUGUUGGUAUUCGAGGGAAUUUGGGAUCUUUGCACAGAUGUAUGAGAAAAUGAAAAAGGAAAUUUUUUUUUUAUGUCCAGUAUGUUGUUAUAAAACUGGGAAUGGAACUGGCUCAGAUUUAGUAUUGGUUGUUGGUGUUCUGUCAUAUGCUGUAUUCACAGACUUUAAAAAAUGCUCUUUUUAGAGGAAGCGUAAGGAACAAGAUUUGUUUUCCAGUCAGCGCCACCAUUCACCGUCAUUGUAACACAGUGCUGUCACUAUGAUGAACCUACACUGGAACGUUCGAACAAAUAUAUAAACAUUUCAAAACUCUCA